GAAAGCCUGUUCUGAAGAUUACAACUGCUUUUCUACAUGGGAAGGGGGUUGGACUAGAAGACCUCCGAGGUCUCUUCCAGCUCUUAUGAUUCUGAUAGAAGUUUCGAAAACUAACCACUUCCUAGCCAUGAUUGAAAGCUAGCCUCGCCCAGGCGGGAAAACCUGGAAUUUCUUCAGCUCUGCUGGCCAAGGCAGCUUCUACGGAAAGUUCCUGGUGGAAAGAGCGGGAAUUUUGGUGAGUCUGACGGUUCAAUUUGGAUAUGUUGCUAUGAAAGGUGCGGUUAAUUGAAAUCUGUUAAGUUUCUAGUCCUCUGCGAAUUUGCCUGGAAUGAAACUUCCGCUGAAUCCGGUGGGCCUUAAGAGAGGACCUCUUCCCCUGCCCCCAAGGACCACGCAGCAGGGGUGGGGGCCACAUCCUUGACUCCCAGGCUGUGAAAUGACUGGACAUCCUUCAGAAAUCAGAUUUCUCCUGCCACUCGCGGUCGAAUUUCCAGCCUACUGGGGAUGAAAGCAUCGGGGUGCCGAGUUUGAAUGGGCGCUUCUGGCUCAAGAUGGCCCAACGGCAUUCAACCGGCCUUCUAGGGGACAAGGGCCUUCUCCUGAACCCUCAACCCCUCAGCAACAACGGCGUGUCUCCACGAGAGAAAUGCCCCCCUGUGACCUCUUUGGAGGACGCCGGCCACCUGGCCGAGCCCUCGACCCCGCUCUCCAAUCCGCGCCGGAUCAUCUUGAGCACCGAGAGUCCGGCCGCCCUCAAGGUGGGCACCCAACAACUCAUCCCCAGGAGCUUAGCCGAAGAUCCCAAGUCCAAGAUCCCCGCCCGGCAUCAGAGCUUCUCCGACGGGGCGGUGUGGGGCCAAGAGGGGGUCCGUUGCGACCCCAAGCGCUUGUCGGCUCCCAGCCUCUCUCUGGAGGACGAGCCGGAGGACGACUUUGACGCCAGCGAUGGGACGUUGAAACGCAACCUGCGUAGCAUGUCCUACCGGGCGGCCAUGAAGGGCGUGAGGAACGGCGGAGAAGCCGAGGCGCCCACGGCCGUUGGGGGUCUCAAGCCCGUGUUGGAAGACGCCAAACCCCCCACCGGCCGGGUUCCCGCGAGGAGCAAGCGGACUUUGGGGCGCAAGCGUCUGCAACAUCACGGCGGUUCGUUCAAAGACGAUCCCCGAUUGUACCAAGAGAUCCGAGAAAAAGGCCUCAACUCCAUCAACCACGAGUCGGACGACGACCUCCUCGACCUGGACGCCAUUCCCGAAGAACAACCGCCCGCCAUCGUGGUGAAAAGCUACCGCCCUGCUCACGCCACCUGGAGCCAACAGCCCGAGGUCCUGGAAACCGGCAUCUUGGACCGGAUAUCACCAGAAGAACGUAAGAGGCAAGAGGCCAUCUUUGAGAUCAUCACCUCCGAGUACUCCUACCUCCAUAGCCUGACCAUCCUGGUGGAGCAGUUUCUGAAAUCGGCCGGGUUAAAGGAGACCAUGACCCAGAUGGACCACCAUCACCUCUUCUCCAACGUAGGAGACAUCUUGGCGGUCAGCAAGAGCUUUUUUGAGGACUUGGAGAAGAGACACCAGGAGGACGUGGUAAUUUCGGACAUCAGCGACGUGGUGGAAGCGCACGCCUCCGGACACUUCCACCCCUACAUCAUCUACUGCUCCAACGAGGUCUACCAGCAAAGGACCCUUCAGAAGCUCUUAACUUCCAACGCUGCCUUCAAGGACUCGUUAAAGCAGAUUGAACGGAAGCCGGAAUGCGGCGGCCUGCCCUUGAUUUCCUUCCUCAUCCUCCCCAUGCAGAGGGUGACCCGCCUGCCUCUCCUCAUGGAUACGGUUUGCCAAAAGACCCCGGUGAACACAGCUGAGUACCGAGCCACCACCCAAGCUUUGAAGGCCAUCAGCAAGCUCGUGAAGAAGUGCAACGAAGGAGCUCACACCAUGGAAAGGACCGAACAGAUGUGCAGCUUGCAGAACCAGCUGGAUUUUGGCAAAGUCAAGAACUUCCCGUUGAUCUCAACGUCCCGCUGGCUGUUGAAAAGAGGCGAGGUCUCCUUCCCUCCAACCGAAGACGGCGGGAUCUUUCGGAAGGGAUCCGGGCGAGGAAUCUGUUACCUCUUUGUCUUCAACGACGUUCUGAUCAUCACCAAGAAAAAAAGCGAGGAGAGCUACGCCGUCCUCACCUACUCCAUGUUGGAACAUCUCUCGGUCGAGAAAAUUGAUACCCCGGACAGUCCGACCGGCCUCGGACGCGGCGGCCACCUCUUCCGUCUCACUUUGCGAAAGGACAGCGAAGGCAAGCCGGAGGAAGUCGUCCUGGCUGCAGAAUCCCGAAGCGACCGGGCCCGAUGGAUCAGCGCCUUAAUGCACCGAGAAGAAAAGGAAACCAGCACAGCAGAGAAAGGAGCACUCCAACAGGUAGAGAUCACCAGAGCCUAUCUGGCUAAGCAGGAGGAUGAGAUUUCACUCCAGCAGUCCGACGUCGUCCUUAUCCUGAAUCGGGAAGAGGGUUGGUAUUUGGGGGAGCGUCUGCGGGACGGAGAGAAGGGCUGGUUCCCGCAAGCCUGCGCCCAGGAAAUCACUAACCGCAACGCCGUCGAACGCAACGUGCAGCGCCUGGAACGGCUGCGCAUCGAGACCGAUGUGUGACGACGGAGUGGGUCCCGCCUCAACCCGCUCGGAUGCCAAGAGCACCGGAAGGUACUUUUUUUAAGGGCCAGGGGGUUGUAAAUCCGGAUAACGAGACCGUAUCCCUUCCUCCUGGAUCGAACAAAAAAGACUCGGGUUCUUUUCUUUUUUAAAAUAAAUCGGAUCGUAGCAAAACCACUGCCUAAAAUCCAGCUGGAUUGGAAAACUGCAAAGAGGUCAGCGACUGCCGGCCGUUGGAUUGAAUCCUGCCCUUUUUAAUCGAUUUUUGUUUUUAAAAACCAUGGAACAGAGUAAUUUUUAUAAUGGAUUUUUAAGACUCGUCAUGUCUUCAUCUGCUCCCUUUUCCCCGCCAUCAUUCCUCAAGAGAUCCUUUAGUUAAUAUUCCGAGACCGGACUCCGUUCGUAGGACCCCGACGUUUAAAUCUUGUACAUAAUUCUCCUUUUCAUACGUAAACCGUUCAGUGACUCCAAAUUUAUACAACUUUCGGUAACCGAUUUCUCUUCCCCUUUCUACUUUUUAAAAACCAUGGAACAGAGUAAUUUUUAUAAUGGAUUUUUAAGACUCGACAUGUCUUCAUCUGCUCCCUUUUCCCCGCCAUCAUUCCUCAGGAGGUCCUUUAGUUAAUAUUCCAAGACCGGACUCCGUUCGUAGGACCCCGACGUUUAAAUCUUGUACAUAAUUCUCCUUUUCAUACGUAAACCGUUCAGUGACUCCAAAUUUAUACAACUUUCGGUAACCGAUUUCUCUUCCCCUUUCUACUCCGAUCCUAUGAACCGUUGGGUGUGAGUUGUGUUGUUAUUUUCCCUAAAUAUUCCUCGAAUAAAAUAAGGGGGGGAUUUGUCGGUUUUUUUCCCACGUGGUACGGCUCUUCAUCUCAAAUUACUAGUUCGAGCAACGACUUUUGGUGAAGAUUGCAGAACGAAAGGGUGCGUGUUUUAGGUCUCCCUUUCGAAGCGAACGCACAAAUAAUAUUUUUUGGGGUGUUUGGGGCUUAGGGCAAAGGUGGGAUUCAAAUCAUUUAACAACCUGUUUGCCCAAACCGUCUCAAACUGGCUGAAUCCAAUCACUGGACUUAGGGUGUUUAAGGUCUCGCAGAAUUCUCAGACAGAGGAAUUCCCGAGAGGAAAUUGGGGUUGGACUAGAAAACCUCCAAGGCCCCUUCCAACUGCAUUCUGUACAACAUAUAAAGAAAAUUGGAACAAAGAAUAUAGGAUCCUGUUAUAAAAGGGCUUAAAAACGUUAACAGAUAAUCCUAGAUUUUCAACCAUUCGUUUAGUGACUAUUCAAAGUUACCGCAACACUGAUAAAAUUUUGCAGGUUUUUAACCAAGGAUUUCUGAACGAAAUGUAGCAAAAAAAGCCAUCGUUAGAAGCAGACAAGGUUGCUCAGUUCGGAUUUGUUCUGGCAGAUUUAAAACAAAAAAUUAGCAAGUUACUUUGGUUCUAACCUGAGUUUUUUCUUUUAUUAGCAAAACUUUCUUUUUAUCAGUAAACUUUCCAAUUUUUCAAAAAGGUCCUAACUGCCAAAAUUCAGAACUCAAAGUAUUCUGCUUAUUUUCUGUUACUUCCUAAAUCUUUUACCUGUUAACUUUAUAACAACAACAACAGUAAUAGUAGCUCUCCAGAUUUUUCUAGUAAUCUGCGGACCCACAGAUAUAAGGUAAAAAAAAAAUAAUUGGCAGCAAUAUCAGGGAUGAAUCAACUGCAAAUAUUCCCCUGAAAUUUUACUUCAUUUUAUUAAAAAAAAAAAAGGAACCUCAAAUUUUACUUAGCUUCAGUUUCAGUUAGCUUCAGUUUCGAACAUAAAUAUUACAUUAACGUAACAAAAUCAUAAUUCUUUUUGGAUACAAGGCAGCAUUCCAAAUUAACCAUUUUUUCUCUCCGGAAAUCCUUGAAUGGAGUCUUGCAAUUGUGCACAAAGUUGUCAAAAAAGAUUACCGUAUUUUUUGGAGUAUAAGCCGCACUUCCCCCCACAAAAGAGGGUUGAAAAUUUGGGUCCAUCUUGUACACCGAAUGUAGCUCCCCCCCACCCGUUGCCCCCCCACCCUUUGGCCUCUGCAUCCUUGC